GGGCACUCCCUCGCAUCAUGGUUUUAGCACGCCCCCAGGCCCUGGGAAAAGGCGGGAUUUACGUUUCCCCAGACCUAGGGAACAUCCCCCCCCCCGCAAGGGGCGUGUCUUGGCAGGGCCGAGACUCCAGUUUCGUUUCCCGCAGGCAACCGACCGACCGACCUCACGCCCGGGGUUCCGGCCGACCGAUACGAAAGGCUUUUCUCAGCCCCAAGAACCGCUGCCCAGGCCACCCUCGGGCCAAGCAACACCAGUCCUCCUCUCCCCCUCCUCCUUUUGCGACGACUGCCUCUGUUCCCCCCAACCAUGUCCAGCGCCAACAACCCGUCCGGCAAGGCGGGCAUGUCCUCUUCGGUCGCCGCCUCGGCCGGCUAUGCCUACCGCUUCGCCAAGGGUAACAACCUUGCUUUCGGUCUCCUCGGUAUCCUGGGUGCCGGUAUCUUCGGCGGCUACAAGCUCCUGAACGCCUCCAUGUUCAACAUUGAUGGUGGUCACCGCGGUGUCAAGUUCAGCCGUGUCCAUGGUGUCGUGGAUCAUGUCUACACCGAGGGUACCCACUUCCUGAUCCCCUGGCUCGAGAAGAUCACCAUCUACGACGUUCGUGCCCGCCCCCGUCUCAUUUCCUCGGUCACCGGCUCCAAGGAUCUCCAGAUGGUCAACAUUUCCGUCCGUCUGCUGUCCAAGCCCAAUGUUGAGGCGCUCAACCGUCUGCACAGCACUCUCGGCCCGGACUACGAUGAGCGUGUCCUCCCCUCGAUUGCCAACGAGGUCCUCAAGAGUGUUGUCGCUCAGUUCAACGCUAACCAGCUGAUCGUCAACCGUGAGACCGUCUCUUCUCUGGUCCGCAGCGCCCUCAUCAACCGCGCUCGCCAGUUCAACAUCAUUCUGGAUGAUGUCGCCAUCACCCACAUCACUUUCUCCCCCGAGUUCACUCGCGCCGUCGAGAUGAAGCAGGUCGCCCAGCAGGAUGCCGCUCGUGCCAGCUACAUUGUCCAGCAGGCUCAGCAGGAGCGCCAGCAGAUUGUCAUCAAGGCUCAGGGAGAAGCCGGCGCCGCCAAGAUGGUUGGUGAGGCUGUCAAGAACAACCCCAGUUUCCUGGAGCUCCGUCGCAUCGAGGUCGCCCGUCAGAUUGCCGAGGCCCUGCGCAACUCCUCCAACAAGGUCUACCUUGACUCCAGCACUCUGCUGCUCAACGUCAACCAGGGUAGCGAUCUGUCCGCCUUCGAGAACCGCAACUCCAAGUAAGGAAGCUGCUCCUGCUUCCCUCCUCCGAUCUCUCCUCCUGCCCGCCCUCUCCUAUUGGGUCAGAGGAGGCGAGGGGGGGAGGGGGGAGGGGGGAGGCCGACUGGCACCAUGCACCGUUGCUCUCCCUCUCCUGCACCCAUGCCCUAGAUUCUCGCUCGUUUGCACGUGCGCGCUCGCGCGCCUAUGCCCCCCUCCUCCCUUGCCCGCUGCCUGCAACCGCGACAAUCCCCGCGCCCACUCGCGUUCGCACACGCGCGCCGCAUGUCCCUCUCCUCCUGCCUUGCCCACCCUUCUCUGCGAGAGAGACACCAUAUGCUGCGCGGCGAGUGUGCUUUCCACCGCGGGAUUGUCCCGGUCCUUCCCCCUCGCGUGCACGUUUCUACGUGUGCGGGCCGCUGUUCUUUCCUUCAAUAAAUACUCAUCACUUCACA